UUCAUACUGUACAUCCUCAAAGUUUUAAGAUGCCACGAGGGUCAACAAUAACAACCUGUGUGGGCUGCAAAGCAGCUAUUGGUGUGGCCACCAAGACCUGCAAAUAUUGCCAGUCUGUACAGCCAAGAAAGCAAAGACUGGCAAAAAAACUUAAGAAUUUUGAGGACAGAAAGGAGAAGUGGUUAAAAAACCAAACCAAAAACCAAACCACCUCUCAUGUUAUUGAUGAGGCAUCUGUCUUGGUCGAAAAGUUAAACACAUUGGGGUACAAGGCCAUAGUCUUCAUUGGAAAGAAAACAAAGAAACAGAAAACCUGGUCCGCACAAGUCCUCCAGCCAAAAUGGCAGCUGUCAGACCAUUCUGCAAAAUGCCUGGACAGGAUGAAGGCUCUUUAUGAACUGUUAAUUGAUGGUUGUACUAACCAGCAGCCCGCCACCGGUCCUCCUCCCAUCCAGUCCACCACCAGUCCUCCUCCUCCUCCCAUCCAGUCCACCACCAGUCCUCCUCCUCCUCCCAUCCAGUCCACCACCAGUCCUCCUCCUCCUCCCAUCCAGUCCAUCACCAGUCCUCCUCCCAUCCAGUCCAUCACCAGUCCUCCUCCCAUCCAGUCCAUCACCAGUCCUCCUCCCAUCCAGUCCAUCACCAGUCCUCCUCCCAUCCAGUCCACCACCAGUCCUCCUCCUCCUCCCAUCCAGUCCAUCACCAGUCCUCCUCCCAUCCAGUCCAUCACCAGUCCUCCUCCCAUCCAGUCCACCACCAGUCCUCCUCCUCCUCCCAUCCAGUCCAUCACCAGUCCUCCUCCCAUCCAGUCCAUCACCAGUCCUCCUCCUCCUCCCAUCCAGUCCAUCACCAGUCCUCCUCCCAUCCAGUCCAUCACCAGUCCUCCUCCCAUCCAGUCCAUCACCAGUCCUCCUCCAAUCCAGUCCAUCACCAGUCCUCCUCCUCCUCCCAUCCAGUCCAUCACCAGUCCUCCUCCCAUCCAGUCCAUCACCAGUCCUCCUCCAAUCCAGUCCACCAUCCAGCUCACCACCAGUCCUCCCAUCCUACCCCUCACAGAACCACCUCAGCAGAAACGAAAUAUGUCUGCAAACAAUAAAAAGAAGCAGCAGAAUUCUGCAGCCUCAGACAUGUCUACAAGGAAGAAACUGAGGGGGAAAAAAUCACCCAAAGAAUGUAACCAUGGUAUCCUAGAAGGGGAACCUUACUACCCAGUGAAGAGGGUGAUCCGCUGCAAAAUGCAGAAGGGGAUCCAAAUGAAGUUGGUGGAAUGGGAGCCCUGUUCACUCUGUGGGGAAACUUGGCCGCCACAGUGGGUGACGGAGGAGAACACCACAAAUUAAGGAAAUGUUCAAUCCCAUUGUUUUGUUCCAUAAGCUAUGUGUAUG